AUGAAGAGGAUGGUGAGAGUGAAGAAGGAUACGAUUGCAGCAUGCAUGACUUGCCCGCUUUGCAACAAGUUCCUCAAAGAGGCCACUGCUAUUUCUCUUUGCCUUCAUACGUUUUGCAGGAAGUGCAUUUAUGAUAAAAUUACAGAUGAAGAAUUGGAAAGUUGUCCAGUAUGCAACAUUGAUUUGGGCAUUGUUCCGCUGGAGAAAAUGAGGCCAGAUAACAGUUUGCAAGAUUUAAGGAACAAAAUUUUCCCUUUCAAAAAAAGAAAGCAGAAGGCACCUGUAGCUGUUCCCUCAGUACUAUUACCAGCUAGAAGAAAGGAGAGAUCACUUUCAUCUUUGGUUGUCAGCACACCAAGGGUAUCUACACAGUCAACCAUGACAGGGAGAAGAACUAAACCUACAAGGAAGGCCCUGGGCCCACAGGGCUCUAGUUUCUCUGUUGAAAAGCUCAUUAAAAAAGAAGAGGAAUUACUGGAAGAUCGCCAAGAUAGUUCAUGCUCACCAGAUACCUCAAACAAGUCUGCUAAGAGUGCAGGACAGAGUUUGUCACCUUGUAAAAAUAGCCAAUCCAUAUGCAAUAGAGGACCGCAGAAUGGUGCUGAAACCCAGGAAGCAAAAUGGGAUCUUUGGAAAACUUUGAAUUACUUAGCAGAGGCUGCAAGUAGGAGUAAGUCUUUCAAGUCUAAUGUGCAGGCAUCUAGUACUAAACCAGAACCCGUGAAAGUAACUGACAGUGAUACUAAAGUGCUGAAAACCAAAAUUAAGGAAAAUAAACGCAAGGCAAAAGUUGAAGAUGAAAAGACUUGCACUGAUCAUGUCUCUCUAGAUACAGCAAAACCCAACAAAUUGCGAAGAGUUCGCACAAAAAAGGAACUUGUUUUUGGAGAAUCUAGAAUAUCACCUCAGGCUGUUCUGGAUGCUAAUGCCAGCAAUCUCUUAUGGAAUGAUUCAAUUUGGUUCUCCUUAGCAGCAUCUGAAAACCAGGAAGGAGAUGCACCUUUACCCCAGAUUCCUUCAAGUUAUGUAAGAAUUAAGGAUGGAAGCAUACCAGUCUCGUUUAUCCAAAAAUUGUUAAUGAAGAAACUAGACCUGAAAAGUGAGGAUGAGGUUGAGAUUAAAUGCAUGGGACAUCCUGUGCUUCCUUCACUACAGGUACAGAAUUUGGUUGAAUUGUGGCUUGAUACGGCAUCUACAGGACACAGAAUUCCCGCAACCAUUGGAUCCUCAGGGAAAGAUUUUGUCAUGAUCCUAACCUAUGGUCGGAAGGUCCUACACCCACACCCUUGA